AAUGAAGAAGAGCGAAAACGAAAGUAGUUAUUUCUCAGGACAACCAAGGCCGGAGGUAAAACAUCUAUAGUUUGAUGUUGAAUCCUGGGGCAGUAAAGCACAGCAUGGGGUGGAAACUAUUCUGCUGUGUUUUUACAUUGAUGGUUGGCCUUCUUGAAUGCCCCUCGAUUGGUAAUGGUAUCAUUAUUAAAACUGUGAAUUUGAAGCACUCUGUCACUCUCCCUUGCAAUGCAACCUGUGACAUUGGCAUCGUUUGGAAGAUUGUAGAUGGCCAGGUCGUUGCCAAGAUUGAUCAAGGAAAAUUAAUUGAAGGAAAACGCUUUGAGAAGAGGGUGGAAAUCAACAAAGACCUCUCUCUCACAAUCAGCUCUGCGGUGUACAAUGACAAGGGCUCAUAUGAGUGUGUCUGUGAUAAGCAGAAUGUUGCAGAUGUGAAGCUAGAUGUUCUGGUCCCGACAGAAAUAUCAGCUCACGUCGGAGAUAAUGUCACACUUCACUGCUAUGGCUCAACCAAAAAGCAGGCAACCGAUGGUGAGAUGUAUGUCCAGUGGGAGAAAGAUGGACAGACUGUGCUGAAGAUUGACCCAACCAAUACUACCUUUGGCCCUGGAUUCAUUGACAGGACAUCAGUGACCUGGGAUGGUUACGGAGAGGGUGACCUGUCCCUCACCAUCACCGGUGUACGCUCGUCUGACCAGGGGACCUACCUGUGCUUCUUCAACAGUGAUAGUGACCCAGGAUAUCCACAUGGAGUCACUCUCACUGUUAAAGAAAAGCAAUUGGAGCCUGCAAUGACUUAUAGUGAAAGGAGUAGGGUGCCAUUGAUAGUAAUAAUUAUUCCCAUCAUUUGUGUGCUCGGGUUCCUGGCGAUUCACAAGAGAAAUAGGAGACAGCCAACAGCAUCACCAGCACAUCUCUCCGUUCCAGUUCAGGACAGCCAACCGUUGCCAGAAGUCCCAAGAAUCCAGAGUUGUUGUGAUGAUGAUCUCGAUGAGACCACGUGUCCUGAGGGGAUGUAUGAACGCACAGAGGAGGAGCUUCAUCUCCCAGUAGCUGAAAGUGGGACACUGCUAGUGCAGGAGAAGAGCAGCACAGGGAGUUGAGUAUGAAGAUAGUAUGUUCUGGUUGCCAACUUCUUUGUUUGUGAAAUGUCCUAUGUUCUCUGAAGUGGAUGCCUUCCUAUCAUAGUUUACGGUAGCCAAUGACUGCAGCUUGAUUACCUUGAAUCAAAUGAUACAGGGUUUACUUUAUCUCUAGCCCAGUCUUCUUUGUUCUGCCUAACCUUUAUUUUACUAGGCAAGUCAGUUAAGAACAAAUUCUUAUCUUCGAUGACGGCCUAGGAACAGUGGGUUAACUGCCUGUUCAGGGGCAGAACGACAGAUUUUGUACCUUGUCAGCUCGGGGAUUUUAACUUACAACCUUUUGGUUACUAGUCCAAUGCUCUAACCACUAGGCUACCCUGCCGCCCCUAGUCUUCCAGCCUCACUGGUGGCUUAAAUUGUUUAAAGCUAGAUAUUUUACACCAGCAUAAGCAUUUUAUUGG